UUGUCUCCUGCUUGCAUACAGAAAGAGAGAGAAAGCAUUCAUAUUCCUGCUCGCUCGCCAUCCUAUUUGACUUGGUUCGUGAGCUUUAUUGACAUCUACUCCGCCCUCUGUUCUUUGGACCUUCUCUCUAUCAUUAUUCAAUCCCUCCUUCUUGACUACUCUCCUUCUCCCCACAAUCCCACGCCCCACCGUGCCCCCAUGUCACGCCUGCAGUCCAAAACCGCCAUCAUAACCGGCAGUUCCUCCGGCCUCGGCAGAGCUAUCGCCCUCCUCUUUGCACGCCACGGCGCCAAUAUCGUAUGCUCUGACCUGCGCGAGCAGCCCCGCGGGGAGAUGCCAGAAGCCUCAUCUCUGACCACGAUGGAAGAGCUCUCGAAAAUGGGGGCAAGAGCGAUUUUCAUCACGUGCGACACUUCGAAUGCUAAUGAGGUGCAAGAGCUAGUUGGCAGGACUGUGAGGGAGUUUGGGAGGCUGGAUAUCAUCGUCAACAACGCUGGAAUAGCACUCGAACCCCAAAACCCCUCUCCAGUAUGGGAUUACCCCGAAGACUGGUUCGACAAAACUCUUGCCGUGAAUUUGAAAGGCGUCUUCCUGGGCUGCAAAUAUGCGAGCAAGCAAAUGAUGGGUCAGGAUCCGGGGCCGAAUGGAGAUCGGGGAUGGAUUAUCAAUUUAGCGAGUGUGCUGGGUUUGGGUGGAACGCCGAAGAGUGCGGGAUACACCAGUUCCAAGCACGGCGUAAUGGGUCUUACAAAAAGUGCGGCUUGGGACUGCGCCCCCCAUCGUAUCCACGUCAACGCUAUCUGCCCGGGAUAUACCGCGUCAUCGAUGACCAAAACAAUCUUUGACCAGCCCGACGUCAAAUCUCAGAUAGAGGCCAUGCAUCCGUUCCGCGGGCUAGGAGAACCAGAGGAUAUAGCGCGCGCGGCGCUGUUUUUAGCGAGUGAGGAUUCGAGUUGGAUUACGGGGAUCGGGCUUCCGGUGGAUGGGGGGUAUGGGUCAAUGUAA